AUGAAUUCAAUGAAGAAACUAGCAAACAAAGUGAAGAGCAUGAAUAAACAAAAGAGUAUGAAAUCAGGGUACGUGGGUUUAAAUGGAGAUGGAUCAGUUGAAGAAGAACAAGAAUCAACUCCAACCGGGUUUGUGGCUAUCUACGUUGGUGAAGAUAGAACCCGGUUCGUUAUCCCCACGGGUCAUUUGUCUCAUCCUUUAUUCAAAAUGUUGUUAGAAAAGGCAGAAAAUGAAUUUGGGUUCGAUCAACAACAAGGUCUCAUGGUUCCUUGUACCGUCGCCGCGUUUCAACAAGUGGUCGUUGCGAUUGAGACUAGUCACCGCCGGUUUGAUUUUGGGGACAUUGUUGAAGAGUUUAUCGUAAAUGGGUCCGGCCGGUGA